GAAAAUAAAGUUCUGGUCGGAAUUGAUAGAUUGCGCAUGGAAGACGUCGCAUUCUUUUACAGACGGAAAGCGGCAAGCAAUGGAUGGCCAAUGCGUGCAGCUUUGGACCAAACAAGACUGAAGCGGUACAUAACGAGCAGAAUUUAGCCCUUAUGUCGUCUGUUUCCUACUGCCAAAAUCAAUUUGACAAUCUUUUCAGACUACCAAGUACGGCUUUGUGGCAUCUUUCAGCAUUUCACCGCCGAGAACGCACAAUAUUCGCCUUCUACGUGAAAUUCUUCCACAGCCUUCAAAUCCAAAUCACCCGUUACAUCAAAAUAUCGAUAGAGUAAAAAUAUGUUGAGAGACACCCACAGUCACAGCCCUCUAGAGGCGUCGACUCGCGGCUGAUAGGAAAAGUGUAUCACAUGGUAUUUUAUUUAGGAGGCCGGGAACGGAAGGAAACCCACAGAGAAUCAGGUUAACCCUCAGCAAGCCGCUAUGCGGAGCCG